AUGAUGAAUAUGGGAAAUCAUCCAAUGAUGAAAAUGUAUUUUCAUUUUCGAAUUAAUGAUGUUAUUCUUUUUGAAAAUUGGGUACCUCAUGAUACAUUUAUAUAUAUAAUAUCUUGUAUCAUUGUAUUUAUAUUAGCAUUUGGAUUUGAAACUUUAAGAUCAUAUAGAAUGUUAUUAUUAAAAAAAGAAAUGUCAAGUAAAAAAUGUUGUAGAGCAGAUGUUUUAAAUAUUACUUCUAAUAUUUCUCAAAUUCCAACUGAUGAACCACCAGAAUGUGAUUGUAAUAUUAUAGAUGAUUCUAUGAAUGGAUAUGAUAACAAAAUAUAUAAAAUUUCAAAUUUUCCAGUUAAUAUAAAAGUUCUUUCAUCUAAAUAUCAUUAUUUUCAAACAUUAUUAUAUUUUAUACAAAUGUUUUGGGCUUAUAGUUUGAUGCUUAUUUGUAUGACAUAUAAUGUUCCACUUGUAUUAUCAGUAAUACUAGGACAUUCUACAGCAUAUAUAAUUUUAUCACCUUUUUCAAAUACAGAAAUGGAAGAAAAAGUUGGUGAUUGUUGUAAUUGA